GUGCUCCCAUCCACCACCAUGCCAUGCUGCCCUCCGUUGCCGUGAUGUCCUCCUCCCCCUCCCGAGCAGCGCUCUCCUGCUCCCCGCAACGCAGGACCCCCCCGCCCCCGCCCAUCAACCUCGACGACUGCAAGGGCCCGCCGCGCAUCCCGGCCACUCGCUCGAGUGCAUCCCCCACCAGCACCUCCAAGGCCAGCACGUCGUUUGUUUUUACCUCGUCCCGCCUUCAUCUCGUGCCUGGCUAUGCUUCCCAUCCACCUGCCCCCUGCUCGCCCAUGUCGCCUCUAGCAGACAUCGGCAGCACCUCCGCAGCGUCCGCAGGCCAACGGUCUCGCCCUGCUCUCACUCAGCACCAGCUCGCAAAACACUCCGAGGGGGCCAUCGACGCGCGCACCAUCCUCGGUCCCAACAUGCGCGCCGCGGGCUUCGUCCAUCUUGCCCAGGCCGUUGCGAGCUCGCCCCAUCACCAGGCCCAGCGUACGCCCUCCAGCCCACCUUCGACGCCGAGUGCUGGGCACCCGACACCCACGGAUCCCCCGCCGUUCCCACCUAUCAUGUUCCUUAGUCCCACCGCUGUCACCAAGACGCCUUUGUGGGACUACCAACGAGGCGAGUACGAGCGCGGCGCAGCGUGGCCUAUGGGAAGUAAGGAGGUGGCGAGGUUGUCUGGGGUAAAUACGAGGCAGACGACUAACGUGGAGAAUAGCGUUGAGGGGAGCAGCAGCAGUGCAGCUGAUACCGGUACGCGUCCAAAGUUAGGCUCGAAACGUUCCACAUCCUCUACAAUCGUUUCCUCCUCCUCCACCCUCCUCAGCCCUUCAUCAACAAUAACAGCAUCUGGCUCUCCUUCCGUUUCCUCUUCCGCAUCCGUCGAGCCGUCAUCAUCUCCCCCUUCACCCAAGCUUCCCACGACUUCACCCGGCACGACUCUCAAGCCGUCUCCGGUGUUUGACGCGCCGCGCUCUCCGGAACGCAAGACCAAAGGCAAGGAGCGCGCACUGGAAGAAUAUCCCUUCCCGCAGACGGGCGUGUCCAAGACGGCUCCGCCGUCACCGAGCACGCCGGCCUCGCCCACGCGCCGCCCCCUCAUGGGAGUGCCGUCAUUCUCAUCCGCUACGCUACUCAGCCAUGCUUCACGACGCUCAGGCAAGGAAAGACAAAGAAGCGGUACAAGAGAUCAGCCGGACACUUCUUCGCCUCAUGAAUACGUGCUCAGUCUCUCGGAGCUAUGCGUCUCUCCCCCGCCUAUGUGGACUGCGACUAUGUUUGCCCCAAACAGCAGCAGCAGCAGCAGCUCGCCGUGGCCGAUGUCGCGCGCAGCGUCGUCGGGGUCGGGGUCAAGCUGUUCAUGGCCGCCGUCGGAGUUACGGGUCAAGCAGGAAGGCGAGGAGACAGUGAAGGGAAACGAGAAGGAGAGGCAGGGCGAGGCGAAGCCGCGGGUGUUCAGGGCACGUGAGCGCGUCGGCGAGCGGGGGCGGGACACGGUAGGACGGACGCAGAAGCAACGUGAUCGGCCCGGGCCAGACAAGGAGCCACAGCUGUCCACGUUGAGCUUGCCAAAGAGACCAAGAGUGCAACGGCGGCACUCGUAUGGGUUUGCGCACGUGCCCCGCACGAAGACGCAGACGAAGAGCGUCGCGAGCGACCUUGUCAGCGACGCGGAGACGAUGGUCGACACUGUCUCGGUGUCGAGCAGGCCUGUGACUGAGCUUGCGUCCCGAACGACGUCCCUUCUCAUUGGGUUCAUUGGUGUUCGUCCUCUCAUCUUCUCGGGUUCACGUGCCCUGUCUGCCUGCCGCUUAACGCGCAGCUCUCAAUAUCCAUCCCACCUCUUAUCUGCAUUCUCUGCGCACGGGCGCUGUGUAGGGAUCUGCGACGCCUGCCGGUCCGAAGCCGCCCCCGACGAGGUGCGGACACCUGCCACCUUUACAGCGCCCCAAGGCGCCUUCGCGUAUCCCGCUCCAUAUUCUGAUUCGCCAGCGAUGAAUUUCAAACUCAACACGCACAUUCGUGAAUUAGCAGCUCGCGCCGCCGAUGAUUGGGCAAAGACGGGCCUGAUCAUGAUUACGAGCCGAGGGAGGAAUGAGGAUCCAGACUCUGCAGAGCCGCGUAUACUGUACGCACGGUCAACGGUGCGAGCGAGAAUGGCCCAGGGGGCUCGUCGUGAGGUCGGCUGCAGACCAGCCCCUAACGAAGGCGAAGACGAAGGCACGAAUGUAUGGCCAGUUCGCUUCCCGAGAGUCGGACGCAAGAUAGUUACAGAGAUAGCGCAGCGAGCUAGAGCGUCGUCCAGCACAUUUGCAGAGAGAACCGAAGAAGGCGAAGAUCAACAAUUUACUUGUGUUAAAGGCGAUGACGGUCCAGACCACGAGAACGCUUCAAAGUUCGCACAUCAGAAGAGCGAGGCAGGGACGCACACGGAUACGGCAAAUGGACUUCCCGCAAGUGCAGGCGUCGCAGUAGCCAACUCGCUAGAGGAGGUCAGCAGACCGCCUGAGCGCCGAGGGGCGAUGAGGGGCGAUAUCGAGGCGACAAAUGCCACGAGCAGACAGCGUGCUAAUACUCGCGUGGACGACGUGAGAGAAUGCCGUGGAGCGCUCUCGAGAAGGUUUGCAGAAGCGGCAGAUCGGGGCAUCCACGAUUUUCUCCUCCCAGCUCGGGGGUGGUUAAUGUAUUGCAAUGAAGGCGGUGAUCAUGGAAGAGGGGAUAGCGGAUUCGGGGGGAGGAGGACAGCCGGUUCUAAUGUCAAGGGUUGCGUGGCAAGGGGGGAUCGUGAUGAAUGA